AUGUUUGUCGUCUGCAACAAUCGGACGAUGGUCGACAUGUGCAAGCGAGUGCCCUCCUCGCCCAAAGAGCUGCGGCAGUGCCACGGGAUGGGGGAGGUCAAGGGCGAGAAGAGGCGGCGGAAGAAGAAGGCGAGGCGGGCGGUGCCGCUCGACGGGCUGAGCGAGGAGGAGCUGCUCCGCAUGCAGCAAGAGCUCUUUGCCAGCGCGCGGCAGCACGUCAUUCGCUUGAUGGACGAGCGCGAGCCCGCCGCCCGAUUCUUCGAGCGGCAGAUCGACUCAAGCGGCGGGUGCUCGAAGACGCGGAAGAGGCUGCGAGAUCUCGCAGCCACGGAGCCCGACGACCCGGCAGUGGCGUGGCUUCUGGCGACGGGCGUCGUGUAA